UUAUUUGUGGACAAUGGUGUUAGUAUGGCUGCUGAGGUGAGUAUUGAAGAAAAUGAGGAGGCUGCAAAUGUGGAUGAGGGUGAUCUUUCUGCAUACAUUGAAGAAAUUGUUCAGUUCAUAGAGACUGAGAUUGCUGAUGAAGCUCAACAAGAUGAGCCAAAUGUGGAUGUGCCAGUAGAAGAGAAUGAUGGUAGGGAUGAUGCCAUUGAUGAUUCAGAUGAUGAUUUUAUAGCACACAUUGAUGAGGAUGAUAACAGAAGUGAGCUUGAGUUGAGUGAUGCAGAAGAAUAUGAAGAUGAUUUUUUGAGUGAUUAUGAGUCAGAUGACCACUGUGAAGCUGCAAACAACUCAGAUGAAGAGUUUGACAAUGAUCCUUUCUAAGGCAACUUCAAAAGCAUCUUCAAAGGCAACAACUUCAAAAGCAUCUUCCAAGCCACAUUCCAAGGCAACAG